CAGGAGAACGGCGGAGGGAUACAAGGGCAGAGCUGGGCUGGCCCGGGGAACAAGCGCGCCCAAGGUCUAUCGUGGGGAGGGGAAAGGGGUAUGAAGCGCGGAGUGAGGAGGCCGGAGGUGACAGCGAGGGGACGCGGCCUCCAGUCUUGGCUCGUCUCGGGAGAACAAGCAACUUUCCUGAGCCGCGGGCCUCGUCUCAGCCUAUUGGGUAGAUAUUCGUACGGACCGCAGUGAGAACAACUAGGCGGGGCCGCAGAGUUCGCGCUUGCGCGUCGAGCCGCCCAUAGUGGCAGCCGCCCUGUCUCCUGCGCAUGCGCGAUCAGGAUUGGGACGCCGUUGCCGUGGCUGCAGAGUGACGGACGGAGCCCCAGGCCUUAGGGGUCCCCCGCCCCACAGCGAGGGGUCGCGGCCCUUCAGCCCCUGGCGUCCUCAGCCAACGCUUCGCGGGAGCCCCGCAGUGAGCGCCCGGCCCGGCGCCGCCUGAGCGCGCGGCUAAUCCGGGUUUGGCCGCGGCAGUGGGCGGAAAGUUCCCGACGUUGCGGGCCCGGACGCCCCUGGGGCCGGGGCCUGUGAUGGGCGAGGGGACUCCCCGCGGCCCUGCCCCCUUCUGCUGCUGCGCCCGCUGAGCUGGCCAGGCCGGGCCGGGCCGUCCCGCCGGAGGAUGAAGAAGAUAUUCGGCUUCGGGAAGAAGAAGAAGGGUCAGUCGCCAUCUGGCCGCGCCUCGCUGCCCGGGGUCGGCUACGAGCUGCGGGAGAAGGAGCUGGGCAAGCUGCACCGAGCGGCCGCCGGCGGGGACCUGGGCAGGCUCCAGCAGCUGCUGAAGAAACACGACAUCAACCAGCUGGAUAAAGAGAACAGGACACCUUUGCAUCUUGCCUGUGCUAAUGGACAUUCAGAUAUUGUUAAUUACUUAGUGGACAACAAGUGCAAACUAAAUCUGUGUGACAAUGAUAACAGAUCUCCAUUGAUGAAGGCAGUACAAUGCCAGCAGGAAAAAUGUGCAACUAUGCUGCUAGAACAUGGUGCAGACCCUAACCUUGUGGAUGUUAAGAGCAACACUGCCCUUCACCUGGCUGCCCAGACUGCUAAUAUAUCUCUAGUAGUACAAUUGCUUGAGUACAAUGCCCAUAUUGAUUCACAGAAUAAGGAGGGGUAUACACCGCUAACUGUUGCUAUAACUGAAAAUCACCAGGAGAUGGUAGAGUUUCUUCUUAGAAAAGGAGCUGAUGUACAUGCUAGAGACAAGUCUAAAAGAACACCCCUCAUGAUUGCUGCCUCUGGAGGAGAGCUUAGUUUAAUAAAAGUUCUCCUUCAGUACGGUGCUGACGUUUCCCAUAAAGAUAUAAAUGGAUGGACAUCUGAGGACUAUGCUCUUAUUGGUGGAUACUCUGGUCUUAGUAAACAACUUUCUGAGUAUGCCAACUGGAAUAAUGUAGAAAAACCUUCUCCAAACAAUACAAAAGGCAUGUCGGUGUUUAGCAGUCCAGACAGGGUUGGAGACGUUGGUUUUGCUUUGGGAGCACCUGCUACAGAUAAAGAAGAAAUGCAACAGUCUCCCAACCAGACAUCAAGAACAAGAGAUUCAGGGAAAGUUAUAGAUGACCUGUCCCAAGGAGAUUCACUAAGAAGUUCUGAAAAAGAUGAAGGGGAUGACAGCUGGCUUACAUCAGAGGAAGAAGAACUAGAUUUUACCCCCAAGAAACCACAGAAGCCAAGUUUGACUCUGCUAAUGAACUCUUCCCAUCAAUUCAAGAAAAACAUAGGUGAGAAAAGUAGCAUUAUGAGAACAGAACAUAUAGCCAUUUCACAGCAAAAUAAAUCAGAUUGUGAAGCUGAAGAUGUCAUUGAAACCCCUCCUAAGCCUUUUUCCCAAGUCAAGUCCUACCCUCAACCUCUCCAUCCCUCACCUGGCUCCUGUUCAAAACCUUCCCAGAUGACUCCUCCUCUUCUGGGGUUUAAACAGGAAGAAUCAUCAGAGGAGGAAGAUGACAUAAAGCAACCACAAAUUUCAAAUGUUAUAGAUAAAAGUUUGAUUUGUAAUGGAAACCGUGAAGCACAGAAUCCCUCAGAAGAUACUGCUAUUAGGAAAGAUACAAUGUCAGUAUUAGGAUUGGACGAGGAGGAGGAUACAGAAUCACCCUGGGAUUCAGAGUGUGCUUCUGAAAGUCCAAGAAAACUACCAGUCAACCUAUUAAUUUCAUCUGCUGUCAGAACUGACACACACAUGCAGAGUAUUUUUGAGGAACCAAAUGAAGGUUUUUGUGAAAAAACUCUUGAUUCACAGCCAAAGACCACUCAAGCAAUUUUAGAAACAAAUGACACCUCUUCUUGUCCUGCAAAGGGAAUCGAGACUGGCAAAAGGCAAAAAUCAGAUUUAAUGGAAGAACUUGGUUUAGAUGAUGCAGAUGAUAUUGAAGAUGUAUCAGACUGGGAUUCUACUAGCAUUUCACUUAAAAAUUUACCGGGUACUAAAAGCCCUAAAGUUUUGACAUUUGGGAAUCCUUCAUCUUUGCUACCAACGUUAACAGCAAAGGAUGAUGCAGCAGCCACGGCUUCUGGAGUUAUUCCUCCAAGAUUAGAAGAAAUGUCAAAAGCUCAAACUGUGACUGCACCAGAAAAUACCUAUUUAUAUUCUCUCCAAAAACAACUCCUGCCAGUAACACUGAAAAGCAAAGAUGAACUAUCCAAGCCUUCCUUUAAUAUGCCAUCACCAGAUGAAGAACGAGAAGAUGCAGGUGAAAACUGCAAGAAGCAGGAUAAACACGUAUUAGACACAACCAACUUGACAGAAAAAACAGCAUCUGAUAAUCAGACUGACAAAACAGAAAUUUCAUUUCCACGUCCAGAAAUGAAAACUGAGCCACUAAAACAAAAUGAGGACUCACAUGAUGAUAUUGUGCAAUUAAAUCCAAAACUUUGGGAAGAAAGAUAUGAGAGAAUGUGGGUUGAAAAUGAGAAAAGGGAAGUGAAAACAAAUUUUAAAAGCAUUACAGCAGAGCUGAAGCAAAUGUUUGGUGAAAUUACUGGUAAUGAAUUUCAAAAAACUAUGCCCAUGGAAGGGACAUUACAAGAUGGCUUCAGUGAAGAAUUGGAGAGCAUUCACGAAGCACCACAUAAUUUGACAAAACCCAUCAGUAGAAUAGAAGGAAGAAGUGAAUUUAUGGACCUGUGCUCUGUGCCUGAACAGAAGGAAUCCAGCAAUGAAAACGUAAUUUCCUAUGCUUUAAAUUCCAGUUCUCAUGAGCAUCGCAAUCAGUAUAGUGUCAGGCUAUGUGAAAAUAACAAACCGUGUAUUGAACAUAUAUGGAAUGUAAAUGAAGAGGGUUUUACUAACAAUGCAGAAAGCAAAAAAGAAGCUGUAAACAAAGGGAGGGAAGACCAAAUAGCUGCUAUGGAAAUAGAAGAAAAUGUGAAUGGAAAUAUUUCAAAUUUAGAGAAUAGUCCUGGCUCUUCACUAAAACAUAGUUUGAAAGAAAGCAUUUUGGAGAAAAGAGCUAAUAUUCCAGAUGUUGUGAGACCUGUUUCUACAGAUGAUAAAAACACACUUCUUGCUGUAGCAAAAACCAAACGUGGAAAAGACUCACGCUAUUUUAAUGAUAAUAUUCCCAAAGACUGCUUUGUUUGCAAUCCUAAAACUAGUAAUACUGAAAUUGAAAGUAAUUUGGGAAACUCUCGACAAUCUUAUGAUGAAACUUUGAAAAGACCGUUGGAUGAAGAACUGGAACAAGAUAUGGAAAGAUUUAAGAAUGAGGUAGGAAUGCUGCAGAUAGUAUUCCUGGCUUUGGAGAAAGAGAAAGUACAACUACAAAAAGAGGUAGAAGAGGAAAAGAGAAAGCAAAAAUGUGGGGAAAUGUUGGCAAUGGAGAAAAGAGAAGAUGCUUAUAAGUCACAUAUGCAAAUAUUGGCUGGAAAUGGUAUUAAUCAGCAAAUGAAACAGAAACUUACUAUAAAAGGGAACCAAUAUUCUACAGUAGAAAGUGGAGAAACCACAGAAGAAGAAAAACACAUGAAGAACAGUAUUUCUUCUAAGGAAAGAGCAAAGUUCAUUCAAAUACCUUUGAAGGGUAGUAAUUCUGCCUUGAAUGUGAAGGAUGUAAAGAAAAAUGAAAACAAAAAGCGGAUUUCAAAACAGAGAGGUAAUCAGCAGAUGAAUUCUACCAAUGGAAAUCAAUUCCAAGUACUGGAUGAUAGCACUUUGAGUGAAACAUCUCAGGAUGAAGGAAGACCUGGAACCAAAACAGUAGAUGAAAGGAACAAGAUUGGCAAACAGAUGGAUGUUGCAGAUGAUUUUGAUGAAUUAACACAGUCUUCUGAUACAGCUACAGAGGACUUAGAGUUGCCUGCUUCAGCCUACAGAGAUGCUAUGUUGCUGAUAGAACAGCUUAGUAUGGAUGGCAAAGCAGAUUCUAUUAGUCUCUUGAAAAUUCAGAACUUACUUCAUGGAUAUGAACGAUUAAUAGACCGUGAAAAGGGCCGCUAUACACAGCUCUUGGGAAAAGUAAGAAAGCUGGAGAAUGAAAAGAAAGAGCUACAAACAGUAUUGGACGAGACCAGAGAAUUAAAAUCCAUGCUGGAUCACCAAAAAAUGGAAUGGGAAAGCGAUGUCAGCAGUCUCAAAUUUACUUUGAAACAAGAAGAAGAAAGGAGAAUGAGUACAGAAAUGCUAUAUGAAAAAAACAGAGAACUGCUUAGAAAGAAAGAAGAUCAGUACUGUAAAGAGUUGGAGGAGAAACAACAGCUUGAGCUAACCCAAAGGAGUCUAGAAAUGGAGUUGAGAACAUUGAGAAAUCACUUGAAACAGGUUGAAGAAGAACGUAAUGAAACCCAGAGACAGCUCUCUCAAGAACAGAGUGCCAGAGCUCUACAAGAGGGUAUUUUGAACAAUCAUCUUUGGAAACAGAAAGAAAUAGAAGAAGAGACUAAAAUAACAGUAGCUAAAAGUUCAGAAGUACCUGAUAAUCAGAGAGAAAAGGAUCUGUUACACAAAAAUCAGAUACUGCAAGAUGAAAUUGCUAUACUAAGACUAGAGCUUGAUCAAAUAAGAAUUCGGCACCAGGAGGAAGAAACCAAAUAUUUAGAAGAAAAUGAGGUCUUGAAAGAAAAAAAUGAAGAUCUUAGGAAGGAGCUAAAACUCAAUGAGGAGGCUUUGACACAAACAGUUUUUCAGUACAAUGGACAGCUGAAUGUAUUAAAGACAGAAUCUGCAAUGUUAACUUCCAAAAUAGAGCAUGCAAAAGAAAAUAAAGAUAGACUGGAGACAGAAAUGGAAUCAUUCCGUUCCCGUUUGAACUCUGCUGUUCAAGAACUUGAAUGCUGUCGGAAAUCAAAAAGUGAUGUUGAGCGAACACUACAAAGAGAGCGUGAUGAAUGGCUUCGUUUGCAAGACAAGCUCAGUCAUGACCUGUCCAAUCUGCGAGACACCAAUAAUAUCUUGUCUCAACAGCUUAGUAAAGUCGAAACUAAAGCUAACAGUCUAGAAAAUGAACUUCACCAUGUAACACAUACACUUAGAGAAAAAACUUUGCUUUUAGAAAGUACUCAAAGAGAUCUAAGUCAUGCACAAUGUCAGGCAAAAGAACUUGAUCAUGCCCGACAAAUUGAGAAGGAUCAAAUGAACAAAUAUAUUGUAAAACAGGAAUCUAUGCAAGAACGAUUGGCACAGCUCCAAAGUGAAAACGUCUUACUCCGGCAGCAAUUGGAAGAUAUGCAAAACAAGGGGAUCAUCAAAGAAAAAGUUGUGAGUGAUGUCCAAGACAGAUUUAGUGAUAUAUUCAGUAAACUUAGAGCUGAUACUGAAAAGCAAGUUCAUAUGAUGGAAGAGAGAAAUAAGGAAUUAAUCACAAAAUGUAAUAAUUUAAGGGAACAAGUCUUUAAAUACGAAACAGAGAAAGUAGAAAGAGAGGGUACAGUAAGACAACUGCAGCAAGAACUUGCUGAUGCUCUUAAAAAGCAAUCAAUGUCAGAAGCUUCACUUGAAGUAACAACACGUUAUCGCAACGACCUGGAAGACGACAAACUACAUUUGCAAAAGGAAAUAGACAAAAUUAAAACCAAGCUGCAAGAAUCAGAAGAUCAAUAUAUUCAGUCUGAACGACGUAUUCAUGAUUUGAAGAAUGCGCUGGAUAGUAAAGAACGAGAAGUGAAUGCUUCUUCCCAGAAAUUGCAAGACCUUCUAAUAGCAUCAUCUGGAACAAAUAAUGCUAUAAAACAACUGGAAGAACAUAUACAAAGACUUGAAAUUGAAAAUGCCAGAUUGGAAGCUACAACCAAACAGCAAACAAGCAGAAUUGAGGUACUUCAGAAAGACCUGCAGGAUUCUGCUUCUGUUCAUAAUCGCCUUGAAGACUUGAUAACAGGCUUACAGACAGCAAAAAUCAAUUUAGAAGAACAGCUAAAUCAGCAGGUCCAAAAACAAACCAUGCUGUCAAUAACUGCAAAAGAUACACAUAAUCUGUGGGAGGAGGAGUUGAAAUCCAGAUCCAAACUUGGAGUUCGUCUAUCUCAACUGGACAGGGAAAAGGCUGAGAUGUUGGAACAAUUCGAGAGUGAAAGGAAAAAAGUGAAGAAGCUAGUAGAGUUAAAACGAUCAGUGGACGUCCGACUGGAUCAAGAAAUGAAGAGAAACAGUGAAUUGCAAAAAGAAUGUAAUGGAAUGAAGAAACUUCUAAAAACAGUUAAGAAGAAACUAAAGGAAUAUGAGAAUGGAGAGGGUGUGUCCCAGUUUAGUUUCCAGGGAGAACUGAAAAACAGAUAUUCUGAAAUGGACAAUGAAGUUAGUAGAUUAAGGACAAAGACAGAUGACCUUUCCAAAAAGCUGGAUAUAGAGUCAAAAAAAAAUAUGCAGUUAGAGUCUACAAAUCGUGAUCUGCGAGAACAGUUGUCUUCUAUGAAGAUACUGCAUAAGAAUCAUGAAAAGCUGGAGAAGAGCAAAUGGCAGCUGGAAGGAGAAGUAGCUCAUCUCAAACAUCAAGUAGAGACUAAUAUGAUGGACCACAGUCAAAUAGAACAGUAUAAAAGAGAGAUUGAAGAACGAGCUAGACAAGAAAUAAGACAAAAACUAGAAGAAGUCAAUCUAUUUUUGCAGACGCAGGCAGCCUCCCAAGAGACAUUAGAACAAAUAAGAAUUACUAAUAAUGCUUCACUGAGAAACCAACUGGAGCACAGAAUUAGAGAUCUAGAAUCUGAACUGGCUAGAAUAAAAAACACACAAGAAGACAGUGUCUUUCAAAAACAGUCUACGCAGACAGAACUGGAAAGAUACAAAGAUCUUUAUUUGGAAGAAUUAAAAAUUAGAAAAUCACUAGCAAGUAAACUGGAUAGAGCUAAUGAAAAGAUAGCAGAGGCCAAUGCUAAACUCCUUCAGGAGCGCCACAGGAGCAAAUCUUUAAUUGCUAACAGCAUUGUAAAUGGAAGUCUUUCUGCAAGUCCAGUCCUGGAUACAACUCAGCUUGGCAAUCUUGGCAAUAAUUUAACACUACAUAGAAGUCUUGGUCUUGGAGGAAGUUUUAUAAACCCAACUGGAAAUGCAUUAUCUUCAAAAAACAGAGUGGAAGCUUAUCUGGCUAAGAUGCAGGCGGAACUAGAAAAAAGUAUCACUAAAGAACUUGAUCAAGCCACAGCUGAACUUGAAACUGGAUCUGUAAGAGUCUCUCCUGUAGGAUCUACUGAUGGAUCUUCAAAAAAUCUAAAUGUGGAUCAGGAUCCGGUUUCCAGGGCAACACGGCAGUAUCAAGAUAUUUUAAAGAAAAAUUAUAUGAUUUGAACAAAACAUUAAAGCAAGUUUGUGGAAAUGAUUUUGUUUACAUAACAUUUUAAUGGUUUCCCAUUAAAUGGGUUCAGAUGUGAAAAAUCUUAAUUACCUUUAUAUUUCAUAUAUAAAUUGUAUUUUAUAAAUAUCAGGCACAUUGCACUUGUCUCUGGAGAAACACCACAUAGUUAUAUAGUCUCCUUUUAAAUUAAAUAUAUAAGCCAUACGUUGUUUUCAUUUGUAACUAGCAAAGGAAAUACAGAGAAAUGUUCUUGAGUUUGACAGAACUGCCUGAAUGUUAAUUGUUAACAGCAGCUCUUCUGAGUCUCGUCCCAUUCAUUUUCUCUGAUGUAUUUUAACCAAAGCAUUUCCUGAAUUCUGUUUUGUGUGUUUUCUCUUUUACAUGUAUUUUAUGUUUUUAAAUGUUGUUUUAAGUAGCCAUUAGCAUGUUCAGAUCUCAUGCAUCUAUUUUGUGUCCAGUUCUGUAGUCCUGACACAGGGAAAACUCCUGUUGAUUCACUGUAAGAUUUACCUAUAUUAGGUUUGCAGAAUUAGGCACUUGCCUGAUUUGUUUUUGCUUUUAUUCCAUUGUGUUUGAGUUUAAAAAAUACUACAUAUCUGUAAUAGUGCCAAGAGAUUUGUAGUGUGUGUUUUAUAUGGUAGGAGAACUUACCAAUACAAUGCACUGAAUUUUUAAUUAAAUAAUACAGCAACUUGGGGCAUUCUAAGUUGUUAGUAGAUCACUGCUAUAUUGUAAGUACAACUCUUCUGUAGAUGAAAUAGAGUGAAACAUAUAUAUAUAUUGUGCGCCUACCUCCAAUUUUCUUGAUAUUUUCCAAAGUUGGUGCAUGGAAAAGCUAAGUUUUGCAUUAUUACUAAAAGCUAGAAGACCCCUUGAUUAUAAAUCUAGUAAACUGGAUUUAAAGCGAGUCUGUUUCAAUGAUCAAGACAGUUUUACUUAUUCCAGUGAUUCAUCUGUUGUUACUGAAGACCCAUAUUUCUGCCAUUAAAUAUCUUUAAAAGUCACUAAUGUUGUGGUUCAAGAUGGUGAAACAGAGGAAGAAAUCUCCACUGGAGAAAACAUGAACAGUGAUUAUAUUGAGAUGAGCAGGACAUGAAAAACAUAUCCUGUACCUACUACUCCAAGAGCUAAGCUAACUAGCCAGGGUGGGAAAGACCUGUGCCACCAUGUCUCUUAACAGUUUUAAAGGAAUAAAACAGUUUUGUACAGUUGGUGUAUUGUCUUUACUUGUAAAAUACUAGAUUUCAGCUGUUCAAUAAAUUU